AUGGCCACUUACGUCCCGAAGCGCUCCCGCGACGACGUGUACCGCUUCUUCUUCACGGAGGGCGUUAUCUCCUGCAAGAAGGACCCCCUCGGCACGUGGACCGGCACGCUGGGUGGGAAGGCCUUCAAGGUGCCCGCCGUACAGGUGAUUCAGCUCAUGCGCUCCAUGAAGAGCCGCGGCCUCAUCAAGGAGCAGUUCGCCUGGCGCCACUUCUACUGGUUCCUCAACGACGAGGGCGUGGAGUACCUCCGCAAGUACCUCUUCCUCGCCCACGAUGCCGUCCCUAACACCCACAAGGUGGAGUACAAGGCCCUCGAGCGCGAGGGCGGCCGCGGCCGUGGACGUGGCGAGGGCCGUGGACGUGGACGCGGCGAGGGUCGCGGUCGUGGACGUGGCGAGGGUCGUGGACGUGGCGAGGGUCGUGGACGUGGCCGUGGCUUCCACAGCGAGCGUGACGCCUACCGCAACGGGUGCCGCCGCUGCUCCUGCUGUUGA